GGCUUGUAGCCGGAAGCGGAAGUCCCGAUCGAGGAGCUAAGCACGGUCUGUGAGUUGUUGGUGCUGGUGUGGCUUGGGCGCACGUGGAGCUGCGAGUGUGAGUGGGUGCUGAGCGCAGCAUCCGCGGCGACGGUCUCCCCCGCCAGUCCCGCGGGCCUCGGGCUACCCUGCGCUUCCCGGUAGGCUCGGGUCGGGCGUGAGACGAGAUGGACACUCCCCCGCUCUCGGGCUCGGACUCGGACUCGGAUUCUGAUGAUUCUCUUGUCACGGACAGAGAGUUGCAGGAUGCGUUUUCCCGCGGACUCCUGAAGCCAGGCCUCAAUGUCGUGCUAGAGGGGCCAAAGAAGACUGUGAAUGACGUGAAUGGCCUGAAACAGUGUUUGGCUGAAUUCAAGCGGGACCUGGAGUGGGUUGAAAGGCUCGAUGUGACCCUGGGUCCGGUGCCAGAAAUUAGUGACCCUCAGCCUACACCUCAGAACAAAGACCAGAAAGCUGUUAAUCCAGAAGAUGAUUUCCAGCGGGAAAUGAGUUUCUACCGCCAGGCCCAGGCUGCUGUGCUUGCAGUAUUACCCCGCCUCCAUCAGCUCAAAGUCCCUACCAAGAGGCCAACCGAUUAUUUUGCAGAAAUGGCUAAGUCCGAUCAACAGAUGCAAAAGAUUCGACAGAAGCUGCAGACUAAACAGGCCGCCAUGGAGAAGUCUGAAAAAGCUAAACAACUGCGAGCACUUAGGAAAUAUGGAAAGAAGGUGCAAACGGAGGUUCUUCAGAAGAGGCAGCAGGAGAAAAAGCAUAUGAUGAAUGCCAUUAAGAAAUAUCAGAAAGGCUUCUCUGAUAAACUGGAUUUCCUUGAGGGUGAUCAGAAAUCCGUCCCACAGGGCACAAAGGCAGCAGCUAAAGCCCAGCAGAUGAAGAAAGGGUAA